ACGGUGAUGCUCAACUUUGGCCCCUGCCACCCUGGCGCCCACGGGCUGAUUCGGCUGAUACUGACGAUGAAGGAGGCGACCAGUGCGGGCGUCAUCGAACGGGCCGACCCGCACAUUGGUUUCAUGCACCGCGGCACGGAGAAGCUGAUGGAGACAAAGACGUACAUGCAGGGGCUGCCCUACAUGGACCGACUGGACUACCUCUCGGCGAUGUGCAAUGAACAGUGCUUCUCACUGGCCGUGGAACGCCUCCUGCGCGUUCAUGUGCCCAAGCGGGCGCAGUGCAUUAGAGUUCUCUUUGCCGAGCUGACACGCAUCAUGUCGCACUUGAUGUUUCUGGGCUCCAGUGGCAUUGAGAUUGGUGCCAUCACGCCUUUCUUCUGGACCGCGGAGGAGCGCGAAAAGAUCCAGUCCUUCUACGAACGAGUGAGCGGCUCUCGAAUGCACCCCGCUUACAUUCGUCCCGGAGGCGUCGCCCGCGACCUUCCCUCCGGCCUGCUGGAGGAUCUCUACCAGUGGACGCGGACGAUGCCCGCCCUGCUGGACCGCCUGGAGGAGUCCUCGGAGAAUCCCAUCUGGAGGGGUCAACUGGUGGGAACGGGCGUGGUGAGCGCCGCGGAUGCGCUCGCCUACGGCUUCAGCGGACCGAUGCUGCGGGGGAGUGGGGUUCAGUGGGACCUGCGCAAGGAGCAGCCCUACGACGGCUACGAGCAGUACGACUUUGACGUGCCCGUAGGCGCCCACGGCGACAACCACGACCGCCACCUGGUGCGCGUCGCCGAGGUGCGCCAGUCGGUGGGCAUCAUCAGCCAGGCGAUCAAUCGAAUGCCCGAGGGACCGGUCAUGGCGGCCGCGCCCCGCCGCUGUCGCCCGCCUCGUCGUGCGGUCAUGAAGAGCUCCAUGGAGGCGCUCAUUGAGCACUUCAAGUUCUGGUCGGCGGGCUACCAGGUGGCGGCGAGCAACACCUACACCGCCAUCGAGUCUCCGAAGGGAGAACUGGGCGUGUACCUGGUGGCCGACGGCAGCAGUCGGCCCUACCGGGUGAAGAUCAAGGCGCCCACCUUUGCCCACCUGGCCGCCUUCAAUCACAUCAUCACCGGCGGCUCGGGCGGCAAGUGUGAGCCGCUGAUUGGCGAUGUGGCGCCUCUGCUGGGCACCAUGGACGUCGUCUACGGAGAGAUUGACCGUUGA